GAAUGAAGGUGAUAAAGACACGUCAGAUAAUUACAGUAAAAGCUCAUCAGAUGGGUAUGGUGAAAGCUCAUCAGAUCAAAAUCCAUCAACUGAUAACCCAUCAGAUGAUAAUGAAAGUUCAUCAGACAACAUUUCUGACAACAAUAGCAAUGCCGAAAAUAAUUUAAAAAUAAGCGUACAAGGAAUUCUGCAAAAGGAGAUCAAUGUUGAACCUAAUUUUCUCAAGAUUAUUGAUGUUUUUAAAAAAUAUAAAGAUACCAAUAGUCAAAAAAAUGGGUUAUUAAAAGAAAACAUUAUGGAUUUAACUCCCAAAAGUAAAUUUGUCAAAGAAAUUCCCAAGAAUAUAUACGAAGAAUUUCUUAAUUCAUUAAAUAAAUAUGAUACAUUGAUACCAAUUGAGACGCAUGACUUUUUAGUCAAAUUUUUCUCUCAGGAUUUAACAUAUAAUCAAUGGACUGAAGCAGUUGAUAGAUUGUAUACAAAGGAUUAUACAGAAACUACAACUAAAAUGGCAGCAUUUUCUCUUGGAAAUAUGAAUCCACUUCAUUCUAAAGAUACAUUGGAAAAACCAUAUUUGAAUGAUUAUAUACAUCCAAGUAUUAAAUCUGCCUUGUGGCAUGGUGCUAGAAUUUACUACACAUCUGGUGAAAUUCCUUUAAUUAAUCACGUCAAGAAUCAAAAAGGAGAUGGUAUAGGAUUCAGCACAGGAUCUGACAAAUACCAAUUUGUCUAUGUAGAAGGCACACGACCAUAUAAAGUUAAUAUGAAAAAAAAAGUUGAAACACAAAAUAAGAUUGCAAAAAACCUGAAAAAAUUAUUAAUUGAGAUCGUGAAAGACCGUGUUAAUAAUAGAAAGGAAAUAAUUCCAGAAAUGGAAGUAUUUGGGAUUUCGUGCAUAGAACUUACAUUGCAUUUGUAUGUUUUAGGCUUUUCUGGUAUGUAG